GGGCAUAUUGGCAAAAAAACAACAUGAAGGAUUUGUUUCUUCAGCGCAGUAACAUCAGCUGUUCUCUAUUUCGAGUGUUGUUUAACAGUUGAGGACAUGUACAGAAUAGUUACUCCGAAGAAAUGUAUCGCUCACCGUCAUGAUGUGGCACCGGCUGAAGACAGGGAUCCACGGCUGCAAUACUUAUCUCGAUCACAGCAUGUCAUCUUUGCGGUGCUCACCAGAUAAACAGUAAUCUUGGUGUUUUGCUGCCGCCUGUUAGCUAGAAAUCGAAAUUGUUCCGUCAGAGUUUGUUUUUUUGUACUUAGCACACAUUUAACUAUUUAUUAGGUAUUUCUAAAGCUAGUUUUGACAACAGCGACGGGUGUCGUUUUCCCUGGUCGUUCAGCUGAGGGGAAUUUCAUCUUGUCGUUGUCCUGCCGUUAGUAUCAAGAGGGAUGUUACAUAAUGUGGCCGUAAGCCGUUGUUAGCUUAAUACCGGUCUUUGUCUUUUUAUUAUCUAAAAAAUACAUCUUUACCAGUUACACCUGUUACAUACGUUUACAGCAACAAAGAUUGUAUCUAGCAAUGGGAAUCAGCAGAAUUUACAUUAGCAUAGGAUAUGCUACUUUUGGCACCUUGGUUGGAUUUUCGGCUUUCCUGGUCUGGAAUAUUGCCUAUAAACAGCCGUGGACGGCCGCCAUGGGAGGCCUGUCAGGAGUUUUGGCGUUCUGGGCUCUUGUCACACACAUCAUGUACCUACAGGACUACUGGCGCACCUGGCUUAAAGGGCUCAAGUUCUUCAUCACCGUUGGUGUGCUCUUCUCAGUUUUGGCUGUAACUGCCUUCAUCACCUUUCUGACUCUCGCCAUCACACAGAAACAAUCUCUUACUGAUCCAAGGAGCCUCUAUCUUUCCUGUGUGUGGAGCUUCUUGACUCUCAAGUGGUCCUUCCUCUUGGCCUUAUACUCCUAUAGAUAUCGCCAGGAGUUUGCAGACAUCAGCAUCCUCAGCGACUUCUAAACAGUACUGAUCUUAUAGACUGUGAUGAACUUUGAGGGGUUUUAGGUGUCCAGCAGGAGCUGGUCAAAGAGCAUUUGUAACAAAGAGGAGGAAAAGCAGACAUGGGUAGAUUGAAAAGUCACCUGACUUCUGCCACAUGGAAUUUCACAUGUUGCAGUUGCUUAACAAGCUCUAUUUGUAUUGUAACCUGCUCUCCCACUUUUAAUGACCCACAUAUUGUAUUCCUGUAAGUAGUCAUAAGUCUAAAACUCUGAAGACUGGAGCUGCUUUUGAUUGAACUGCUUGAGGAAAAAAACAUGCAGGGUUUUUUUUUUAGACAGAUUUUUAUCUAGGAAGUGUUUGUUCUUAAAACAACUUAUAAGAAACAACAAGGAAGUCCUGAAGUCACUGAAACAGGCUUUUAAUUAAAUAAGUUGUUAGAAACAAAGUGAAAAUACUAUUUGAGGUGAAAUCCUUUGAAACGAAGCUAAAGUCUCCUACCUGAAGCCACUCUGCUAAUGCUAGGUUUUCAGCAUUUGGAGUGAUUGAAUGUUUGUAUCCAAAUGAUCUUUUUCCAUUGUUGCAGUUUUGAACCCAUGUACUCAUUAUCUCUAGACAGUCCCUGUCCUAGCGUCUCUUAGCUCACUUCAUUGUUGAUGAAUUCAUUUGAGAAGUCACUUUUUUUUUUAAUUCACAAACUUUAUUUCCCCUGUAAUGCUUUUCUUUUUAUGCAAACCGAAGAAAAGGCAUUCCUGUGGUUUUUGUGCUUUUCAUCUUGUGUUCCACCAGGGGGCGACCUGCUUCUUUUGUCAAGACUCCAUUUGAAAAUUUUGGCAUUCCUGUUGAGAGAAAACUCAAAUGGAUUUGAUAAGUAAUUGCACUUUAGUCUUUGAUAUUGAUGCCAUUAUUUUGCACACAAAUCAUAAUACAAUGGGGGGGGGGGGGGGGGCAUUUUACACAUUGUUAUCUGUCUCACCCUUUUUAAUGUGUAACUACACUAAUUAUAUGUAUCAUUUAUUUUGCAGUUGUGAAUGGCUUAUUUCCUGCUGUUACUUGUAUCUACAUUUCGCCAUAAGUCAUGUUCAGCUGUAGUUUGGUUGAUGAGAGAAUGAAUGUGAGAAUGUUACCUGUAUAUAGAAACUAAACCCAUUAAAGUUGCAUUUAUUGUCAUUGA